UCCUCCUCCUCCUCCUCCUCUUUUCUAGCACCAAACAGAAAAGAAAGGGCACCACCGCGUACAUGUGUAGCUGGCCGUGCUCGAUGUAGUCGCCCACACCGCUGCGAAGCUCCUUCACAGCGCCGCACCUUGCGUAGCGAAUCGAGGGCGAGACCGAGCGAGACCGACAAGGACGGGAAGAAGCUACAAGGAAGAGGGAGAGGGAGAGGAAUCCUUACAGGCCGACGAGCGAUGCCGCGUCUACUCUCCGCCGCGCUGAUGCUGCGCCGCGACCCGCGACUCCUCCAGCUCCCGCCCUACCUAUCCCUCGUCUGCAUCGUCGUCGGCGUCGUCUGGCUGUUGAUGCUGCCGCUCGACCAGUACUCGCGCCGAACCUACAUCAGCGAGAAUGCCCUCCUUCCCGGCCAGGUCCACACCUACUUCGGCGGGAGCGAUCAGAACGUCUUCCGCGCCUACCGCCACGAGAUCGACGCGCUCAAAUAUAAGAGCAACACCGAGAUUAAUGACGAGCUCGAGAAGAUCUUCAAGGGCAUCGGCCUCAAGGUCGGCCGACAGAACUUCACGUACCAGUCGUCUGGGAACACCUACGCCGGCGAGAACGUCUAUGCCAUCCUGCAAGCCCCCCGCGGCGAUGCCACCGAGGCCGUCGUGCUGGUCGCCGCCUGGAAGAAUCUCGAAGACGAAUUCAACCGCAAUGGCCUGCCGCUGGCCCUGGCCUUGACCCGCUACUUCAGACGGUGGUCGCUGUGGUCCAAGGACAUCAUCCUCCUCGUGCCCCCCGACAGCAGGGCUGGCACCCAAGCCUGGGUCGACGCCUACCACGAUGCGCACGACCCGGCCCACGUCGCGUCGCUGCCCGUCAAGUCCGGCGCCCUGCAAGGCGCCAUCGCGAUUGACUACGCGCAAGAGGAGCGCUUCGAGUCGGUCCACGUCAUCUACGAUGGCGUAAACGGCCAGCUCCCCAAUCUCGACCUCAUCAAUUCCGUCGUCAAUAUCGCGAGCGGACAGCUCGGCAUGGGAUCCGUGCUGCAGGGGAUCUGGAAGCACUCGCAACAGUACGACGAUAACCUCAAGACGGUGCUUCGCGGCAUGCUAAACCAGGCGCUGGGCCAUGCCACCGGCCCUCACAGUAGCUUCAUCCCUUACCACGUCGACGCCAUCACGCUGCGGCCCGUCGGCCGCGGGUGGCACGACGAGAUGGCGCUGGCCCGGCUGAUGGAGGGGCUCUUCAGGAGCUUGAACAACCUGCUCGAGAAGCUGCAUCAGAGCUUCUUCUUCUACCUUCUGAUACACAAGCACCGCUUCGUCAGCAUAGGCACUUACCUACCUAGUGCUAUGCUGAUCGCAGCCAAUUUCACCAUCAUGGCCAUUGCGCUGUGGGUGAGGAGUGGGGACGAGGAGAAGGAUGCCCCGGCGGCCAAGCAGACGAGGGACGAUAGGCACUGGACGAGGCAAGCAGCUAGGAUGGAGGAAGAGAGAAUGGUGGCCGCCGCCGCUGCGGCCGAGCGAGACGUCCUCCUCCCACUCAGCUUCGUGGCGGGCUGCCAGUUCGUGGGGAUCAUCCCGCUAUUCAUCUUUAAUCAGACGCCCACCAACUUGCUCAGCCCGGUUUUCGUUCUCUUUUCCCUCUUCAACGUUGGCCUUCCGCAUCUGGUCUCGUAUCUCCUAACCAAUAGCGCCCGACCCCCAACGGCCCAGCAAUACAUGCUGAUCCGGUCGUUCUCGCUGCUGCUACUAGGCAUGUUCCUGAGCUCGCUCGCAACGCUCAACUUCUCGCUAGCAUUCAUAGUAGGCCUCCUAGCGAGCCCCUUGUCCUUCGCGCGGCCAUGGAGACCCCCUACCACCAAUGCGGCCGCUUCCGGCACCACGAGCGCGGAUAUAAUACGACACCUUCACUCGGCCCUAUUACAACUGCUCAGCCCGCCCACCGUGUUGCUCGUAGGCUCGCUGCUUGGAGGCGUGCCCUUGACGCAAGUCCUGGGGGAGGCGGCAUUUGGCUGGAACAUCUGGAGCAUGCACACUCCCUUGGUUGUAUGGUGCGUCUGGUGGCCGGCCUGGAUCGUGGGCCAAACCGCGGUCCUGGGGCGACCGGCGCCCGUCGAGAACGGAAAGGCAAAGAAGGCAUAAUUCGGGCUUGCUCGGUUGAUAUGAUCGAAAAGAUGGGAGCGGCACGUUUUUCUUCACAUUAUACAUCAUAGCGUGCGCGUUAUAUUGCUUUGCAUACCCGUAUGGUACCUAGCAUCGGCGGCGGCAGCAGCAGUGUUGUCAGGAAAGAUUGGUUGAAGGUCUUCGCCGUGAUGGAAAAAAAGGGGUUGGAUGUCGUGCAGGGGUUCAAACUUCCCGGUCUUCAUUAUUAUUAUGAGCAUAACCGGGCAUUUUUAUUCGGUUUCAUCCUCGCGCUUCUCUUUUUAUUGUUUUUAUAUAUAUAACGACAAAGGAAACGGUUGGGAAGCUGAACCGGGAGGGCGGCGACGACGACGGCUUAAUGGGAUGACUGGCGGACGCAUACGACGCAUUGCUAGAGGCUUUGCUACCGGUUUUUUUAUAGGGUGCGCCAGGCCGGCCGGCUACAGGCGGGAAAUUUUUGGAGUUGAAGAAGUGUAGGAGAAGAGCCAGGAGAAGACGGUAGGGGGUGAGGGAUACCAUCGUUGCCGUCGUCGCUAUUAUCAUCGGUAUUAUUAUGAUCGCCAGCUAAAUCUCCCAGAUAGACGUUGAUAAGAAAGCAGAAGGCAUACAGAAAGAGAAAGAGAGAGAGACAAAAAAUGAACACACGAUACCACAGGUCCCUACUUAC